AAGACUGACCACACUAGAUGGGUGUGCCCACUGAUCACAGUCAGAAUAUUAGCCGUCCAGUUCACAAGACGUCCAUGCAUCAGACGAAGAGUAUUCGGAAACCUUGCAGUAAAAUUUGCAGCUAUCGUAGACCUGAUGGGGGGAAAUGGCCGUGCUGAUACAGAUGCGGCGGGCUGUGAAAAAUCAUGCCACCAAAAACCUGGACGAAUCUUUGGACACCCAUUGCAGUGGACAAAACGUUUUCAUAUCCGGAUUGGCCCUGUGUUUGUGCAUAAGCAAUUCUUCAGGCUGAACUUUUAAAGUUGUAAUAUAGAAAGCGGGAGUGACAACGUCUUACAGCUUCAGAAGAACGAGUACACACUUCCGAAUCCCGACUCACUAGUCUAGCAUUCCGACGCACGGUUAACGACUAGCAACCUCGACCUUACCUUCUGAAACUUUGGAUAUAUAUGCCUGUAGAACCAGCUUUGAAACAUCCAGUGACUCGGAGUCACCAGUCCAAGUAUGACGAGGUUCCCCCAGAACUGCACCGAGCUAUGCUGCGGCUCAACUUCCCGUCCUCGUACGUGGUUGUCGGUGCGUACCGACUCUUCACCGAUAGGUCACUCUAUGGCCCUGCGUGGGAUAAAUGCCGCAACGGCGCCCGACGAGGGCUAAUAUGUGGUUUUGCCUGGAUUUGCGCGUCAUACAGCAUCCAGCGCCGCAUCAUCAAAACAGUCAUCACGAACCCCUCCUCCAUCUUCUCCGUGCGCUACAUAACACGAUUCGAAGAAACCGCAGGCGACCUAUCUCAUGAGACGUUUCUAGGGUUCAACUUGCCCUUUAGCAUAUCCACAUACGUCACGAUACUCUUGGUAGGAUCGCAAGUUACCAGCAUCAUCAGCUUUUUUGUUGCUCGCAAUAUCCGCGUUGUCCGCCGACGUGUCUGGGACCAAACAGUAGCCUCGCGCGGCAAGGGGCCCGAUUUCUGGCAGCCAUAUGUUGAAGAAUGGGAUUCCCCACCUGUUGUCAACGAACGUCGGGGUCGUCUUGACAGGAUGUUCAAGAUGUGGUUCUGGAAGAUGAUCAUACAGAAAGUCAUCUUACUUCCGCUUUCACUGUAUCCAUUUGUCGGCACAUUUAUCGCUGCGGCUUUCAAAGGCUUGAGCACCGCUCAGGAUUUGCACAAGCCAUACUUCUCCGCAAAGAAGAUGACGGCCCAUCAAGAAGCUGUAUUUAUUGAGGAGCGUAAAUGGGAUUACCGAAUGUUCGGUUUCGUCGCUGCGCUACUUGAGGGUCUCCCAAUCGUCGGUCUUGUUUUCAAAGUAUCAAAUCGCAUCGGAGCUGCUAUGUGGGCUCAUGAUUUGGAAAAGCGUCAGCAUUACGUUGCAGCGCAACGUCUUACGUCCGUUAGGUCGUAGCACAGGGUUUGAAGUUGUCCAGAUGUAGAUUUUGCUAGCUGUUGUCAUGCCAUUUUGUAACAUAUACUAGACUUGCGCCGAUCUGUUGGCAUCCGAAGCGCCAGAGUCGAAGAAGACCGAGAGACCCGAUAGGACAGGCACGAGAUGACGAGUAGGAAAUGACAAGGAGCAGGUACGAGCGCAAGUCAUUGGUCGAGGGAGGUCGAGAACGGAAGGAACAGGGAGUACCUG